GCCUGCACCGACAUGUGCAAUUUCAAUAAAACAGCGGCGGAGAUUUAGAUAACAAUUGUUAAACCCUUCCACAAAACAGAACCAUGUUCUCCCUGCUAGGUUUCCCUGGGACUGUUUGUUCCUGCAGAACCAGACGAUAGAGAUAUUCUCUUGGUCCUGGCUUUUCUAACCGACCCGUCUUCAGCCGACUGAUCAGAACAACAAAUUCGCUAAGGUAGCCAUUUACCACAUAUUUUAUCGAAAGUUUCCUUUGCCAACGGACACGCGCUGUACAUCAUGGCCUACCCGGGAAAUCCGGACGUCGUACAAACACAAUGGUCGAUUGACAAUACACCUUUCAAGACAGCCGGCUUCUUUUGAAGCCUGUUUCGUGCGUCGCAGCAAGAGGACUUGCAAAGCUCGGCGGUCCUCGCUCUCGAAGCACUCGGGUCGAGUAUCAUUGUUCACCCUGACAGGAUCAGUGACGGAAUGCAAGCUUUGUCGAGCAGAGGCCAAAAUGAGAGACUAGGUAGCUUUUUGGUCAACAUUGGAGUCAGCUCAUGAGGAAUCUCUCAGUUUAUCCGAAAGCACGCACCCCGCUAUGUCACUUCCUUCCUUUCGGCAACAAGCCUCAAGGCGUUCCUGACCGACGCAGAGAUCGGUGAUGUAUUCUACGACAUGCUUGUCCACCAGGGCCUCACCAAAAUCCCGGAGCUACGAUGUUCUCGAAGUCAACUCACAAAUGCCAUUGGGGCUACCGCCGAUUACAGCGAUCAACUUAUUCCUGUCGAUAUCGUCGAUUCAGUGGUAAUUAUACUGCGGAACUCGGGUUUGCAUGUUCACGAUAUGAGAAGGGCUUUUGGAACACCAAACUCAAAGGAGCUUGCGCGUAUCUUCUCUCUGGUCUUCGGGUCAAUUCAGGAUGAGGAGGUUGAGUUUGCCACGUUGGAAGGGUCAUCGAAUUGCACCAUCAUUGCCUCAGCCUUUCUUUGGCUCAAUGGAGAUGAUGUGCAACUUACCGUGGGCGAUCGGACUAUCAUAGCAGUGGCACAACCAGAUAUACUCAUCAAUAUCCCGACAGGCGGUGAGAGAGGGAAUGCUUGGGUGGUACAAGAGUGGAGGGAAGGGAAAGCGCUCUCGAAUUUGAUUGUAACGGGUGUCGCAAGUUCGGAUAAGCCCAUCGCAGCGAGCGCUAACCCCGCAAAAGCCGCAAAACAAGCCAUCAGCGCCCAGUAUGGCCUCAGCGAUGAGAAGAUGGCGUACGUGGGCCAGCUCGCCACAGCUCUUGUGUUGGUAGCGGUGGAGAGAGGUAUAAUCUAUGUCAACUGGGGGUUCCCGGGUUCAGCUCCAACGGAAUGCAAACUUGGAGAUCUCUGUCAGGAUUGUUACCUUUCCAAUGUAAUGGAAUGCAUGGAGUGUUACGGACGGACGGGCGACGAAACAUGCGGCGCCGAACAGCUUGCAGACUACAUCAAAACAUGGACCGAACCGGGAUUUCCGGGACUUAAGAAAGAGAAGAUUGAAUCCGGCCACCCCCUUAUACAAACCUACUUCGAGAAGCUGAGUUGGAUCCUGAACUUCAUCGAGCAACGCAGGGCUGUGGACGCAGGAGAGGAAAAGCACAAACACGCCGGGCCUAGCACGAUCGAGGCAGCCAUCUAUAUCGCAUCCCAGUCUUUCUACGGGUCGAUCUGCUCUAAGUUCCCAAAAGUGAGGUUCUUUCGCACAGGUACCUGGACAUCUAUCCGUCAGGCUGGUAUGGAUCUACUGUACUGGAUAGUGUGGCACGAGGGACUCCGAGAUUGCACUGAUCUACCAGUGCCUAUCGCGGAUCUGCGCCGACUUCCUGAGAGCGUAGCACUUGGCUCACUCCAAUGCUUCUGUAUGGCUUCUCUAGUACCUGGCGUCGAGGUUUUCGGCUAUAGUUCUACGAGCUCUGCGAACUUUACGGCUGGCAUAGAGACCAACGACCUUGCCGUCGCCAGUAACGGGUAUGUCGCUUGGCUGCCCCAGCUGCGAUGCAUUUCUACCAACCCACGCACGGCGAUGGCUGUCGAAAUCAGCUCGGGGUACCGCAAAGACUUGGUGAGGAUCAGGAUUCCCCGUAGGGUAAUCUUAUUAAAAUCUAGGAGGGAGAGGAGGAUUAAUUUGAUAUUGGUGUGAAACACACUGCUUCCGACCCAAAAGCCUCUGCUCUCUUCCGAUUGAACCCAGUCGACGAACAUGGAUCCUAUUCCGGGAUGCCUUCCCUGAGUGACACUAAACAGUUGGAAGCCAAAUACUUCCUGUCCUACAAAGCAGAUGCGGUCGCUGGGGCGACACAUCUACACAAUCAAACGAUCCCGGCCUUUGCGGAGAAGCAGCUAACUUUGCGAUGGCACGAGCAGAACGUGUGGAACUCCAUCGGCGUGGUAGCUACCAAUGAGGCGGGCCGGGAACCGCUCAAUGGCGAGCUAAAUAGGGGAUAUGCGAACAUCUAUCAAGGGACACAUCGAGGCUACGAAAACAUCAUUGGAAUGGAUGGCUGCGAGAAGUCACGCCGUCAUCGAGAGUCGUACGAGUGGAUAGAAAUACCCAAGAGAAAAGCCCCUCGCUGUCGGUGUUGUCUCAUGAAUAAGGAGGUGUUGAGGAAGCUUCCGCAGCCUCAUCAAUCUCGUUCCAAGCACCCAAUGGCGAACAAACUCCAGCUCAGACACAGGGUUUCGAUGAUAAGAGGGCUGUCCGGUGCGCCGUGUUCACAAGAUAGAAAAUCGUAUGCAUCUGAGUGGCUUUGAGCAAGAUAGAGGUCGGUGGAGAUAUCAGCUGCUCUUGGCAGGACGUGGCGGCCAUCAGGGUCCUUACCCGAGCACUCCUGCCAAGUGACCAGCUCCCGACUUCCGACCUCCAUCUCCUGAGUCCCGACCGGAGUCCACGACGCUGACUGCAAAUCAUCAAAUUCAUUCGAUGCUUCCGUGUGAAGUUGUGCAACCCGCCAAGAAGGCACCACAUUGCAGCUGCUAUCCAGAAACCCAGAACACGAAAACGCCAUGGUUCCAUGCAAGCUCCCAUCGGUUGUUCUGCAUUCAUUGGUACUGCUCACAUCACAACCGUUGGCCACAGGGGUCUAACGAGCCAUCUACUCGCUCAAACGUGCUCAGUGUGGGCCCACCCCAUCUCCCCCCAUCUCGGUCAAGCCAGGGUGAGUCCAUGAUGUUCACCAGUUAUCAUCAUAUUUGCUGCAGCAUACACCUAUCACAACAUGCUCAUUCUCCAUCCACAACAGAUAGUGCUUCAGGAGUUGAUGAUUUCUUUGACCCAAAAAAGAACACUGCACGUCUCACGAAAGCGCCACCCUGUUGUGUUUAAAAUAAGGUAUUAAUGUGGUGCUUGUCCGCCGCUGAUUGCCCGCCCCAACAGCCUCUUUCUUUCCUGGUACACUUUCUCGAGAGGCGUUCUUCCCUCUCAACUUUAUUUGGACCUGCCCUGGGGACCCCACCCUCGAAAGAAUUACCACAAAACCGUAUCCAGCUCAACUUUUGACCACCAAUCCAUCUGCUGAUCAAUUUUGACUCAGUUUUGUUACAGCUUCAAUCUUGCUACGGCCUCACUUCAGACACAAACAACAGUUAAUAUUCCGCAUCCACACACCCAAAAUGGACCACUCCAACCACGACAUGACACCCACCUCAACCAUCACCAGUGUGAUCGCCACGACAACCUCGACCGCUGCUGCUGCGGCAGCCGGCGGCGGCCAUGGCCACGGCGGCGGCACCGGUUGCAAAAUUAGCAUGCUCUGGAACUGGAACACGAUCGACUCCUGCUUCAUCUCCUCGUCGUGGAAAAUCACCUCAAACCAAAUGUUUGGUGGGUCAUGCGUCGGCGUUUUGUUGCUCGCCAUCACGAUGGAAGCCUUGAGGAGGUUGACGAAGGAGUAUGACCGGUACCUGGUCAAGAAACAUCGUGAGGCAUUGGCUGGGCAGCACAAUGUCGACGUUACACAGGGGUACAGGCCGAAGAUCUGGGAGCAAGCGGUCAGGGCAGCCUUGCACAUGGUACAGUUUGCGGUGGGAUACUUUAUCAUGCUGUUGGCGAUGUACUACAAUGGGUACAUCAUUAUAUGCAUUUUUCUUGGGGCAUAUCUCGGGUCCUUCGUGUUUCACUGGGAGCCACUCGGUGCGCGUGAUGCCGUGGGACAAACAACUGCCACGAAGGACCCCACACUUUGUUGCCAUUGAUCAAGCAUGGCGAGGUGUUGACUGGUUUAUUUUUGAUACAUUGGACAUAGAUACGAAGUAGUUAUACGAUCAGGCAGGAUGGUCACAGCGAAGAGUUGAAGUAUUACGACGACGGGAUCAUGAAGGGGUGUUGGGUACAGCGUGGAGUUGUUUCAAUAUCUAUAUAGUCACACCCGACAAUUUUUUUGGCU